CUGAAUUAUAUAAUUGAAAAAGUGUUUAAAAUCAGAUAUUUUGAAUAUUACUAAAAAAUUUAGCUUUCAAACAAAAAAUUUUUUUUUUGAGUCCGAGUAUCGCCUUAACAUAAAAAUCAGAUAGUUAUUAAAGUCGUCUUUUAUCAGAAUGGAUGAAGAAAUUUUUGCGAAUAUUUGUGAAAAUGUUCGUUGCACACUUUUGGCCGCCGACAUGGAUAAAUUAAACUAUGUGCGUGAGCUACAGGCACGAGUUCAGUAUCAGAAUGUUUUCACUAAAGUCCUUGGCUCUGAUGACUACGUUGACGAAAUUGAAAGCGAGUGGAUGACACGAGUUCGCGAAUACAGCUCGGAGAAGCAAUCGUCUGAGGAUUUGUACGAAGCUGAGUUAGAAGCGGAAGAAGAGCUAUUGGAGACAGAAGAGGAGGAUGAAGAAGAAAAGGCAACUAUGUCCAAGUCUAUUGAAAGUGAGGAAGAACUAGACGUGGACGUAUGGCAGGGUUACUUUAAAGGCUAUCAGAUUUUGAGUGAGGGCCAAGAGGGCGCCUUUGGCGAUAGCAAGAAAUGCAUCGAACUGGUGAAUGGAGAGUGCGACGCGUCUAUAGACACAUAUUUGCGCGCUGGCAUUCGUUGCUUUGCUAUCGAUCUCUUCUAUGGAACUUUCGUCGAAAAUCAGAGUCUUAUUUUGCGUCUGCGCGAAAGUGAGUUAAGCUACUCAAAAGAAAUCGGCUUCCCUAUUUCGUCUACAAUCUUCGCCAAACUCAGUCCACGUCUGCAGUAUACUGGCUUGAUGGAACCACCCGACCUGGUUGUGAUACUUAACAAAGGUGAUGAAAUCACGUUGACCAAUAAGCGCGAAUGGUCGACACACUGCUCCAAGAAGCGCGUCUACGUCAAUGCGGGCUUCCUUUUCCAUGAGGUGAAUAUUUUCGACUACAUAUGCAUCGGGUGCGAUGUACAGGUAUCUGUCCGCAAGAAGGACGCUAAUCUGCGAUGCGUAGUUGAAGUGGGCGGUGAAAUCAGGUCGCGGCUACCUGUGCUCUUUCCAUCGCGCUGCAGCAAGUUCCUAGCUUCACAGGAGGAAUUAGAGGAUAUUACAUUCUGCAAAGAGGUGGGCAUAAAUGUGCUUGUGUCGUAUAUUGGCGGCACACAGGAGUAUUUUGAUAAUUUGCAGUACGCAUUGAAAACGCUGGGAUGUGAGAAGGUACGCCUCUAUGCGCGAAUUGUGAUCAACGAGGUAAAAGGCUGCGGCACCGACGUCAAUUGGAUGGCCGAUCACUAUGAUGGUUUCGUCAUUGCCUUAAGUCCUUCUCAGCAGCAUCCAGAGCCGGCCAUACUGCACCUUUGUCCGGCCGCUGAAGAGCUCAUGAAGCGUGCGUAUCUGCUGCAGAAAGUGAUUGUUUUGGAACCCAGUUUGAUCGCUAACAAGCAGCUAAUUGUCGAACCAGCACACUAUCGCCACAUAUUUCUCUACCCCGACAAAUACAUUAUGCCAUGUAAUCACACACAAAGCUCGUUUCACUUCUUCUACCUGCAGAACUCGAUCUCCGAGUUGCUGAUCGAGGAGGCGCUUAGUAAGGUAACAUACUGCGAUCGAUCGCUUACAGGCAGCGACUCCCUGGCGCGCUCCGUGGUCUGCGCUUCAUACGAAAUGAACGCUCCGCUGAUAUUCGUUUGCUCUCUGACAGGUCGCAUGGCGGCGAAGAUCGCCCACUUUCGCCCGAAGGCCCACAUCAUUUUAAUAACGCGCAUGAAAUCCGCCGAAACGUUCAUUUCGAUGCAUCACAACGUCAGUUUACUGUACUAUAACGGCAAGGCGGACGAAAAUUGCUACCGCUCGCUGUAUAAACACUUGCUCUUCGGAUUGCUGUAUGCGAAGUCACAACAAAUGCUUAACCACAAUGAGAAUGUGAUAUUUGUAUAUAGUGAGAACGCCAGCACGCGUUUGCCCGACAAGUAUGUGGCAUACAAAUUCCAUACCCGCUACUUCCCCCAGCAUUUGGACAAGAUUCUAUUCAGCAAAUUUCCACGCGGAUUCUUUGAGGAAAUGCGUAAGCAUAAAGAUGAUAAAUCCGAAGGAGGCCAGACUGAAAAGCAGGGGGGCAAGGACUGAGAUUGGUUUGAUUGUAUUUUUGUGUUCCAUUUGUAUUAGCGCCUUACUUUGAAAUUAUUGUGGACCAUGCUGGCAAAAUAUAUAUGUUUUUUUUUUUGUGAAAUUAGAUUUGCAAAUGAUUAGCAAUUAAUGAGAGAUACGCAGAGAUGCGCGACGCUUGAGUUUGCAAAAGCUAAAGAAAAAAGCGUAUUUCAAAAUUAAUUAUAGUUACUUGACUAAUAAAAAGAAAAUUCCAUAUUUAUAUGAGAUGUGGUUGUUCGUGUAGCGAUUUACUUAGCCCCGGCCCUUAGAUCGUUGUGAUCACGCUCAACUAACGGGAGGCCCAGGAAGUGUACAACUCCGACUGGGUUAGUCCAUAGAGGCAGGGGCACUAGUUAGUGGGGGGUUCAGGUGACAUGCGAAGAGGUGUGACGAGUCGUGAGGGAGUUCUCCGCAUGCCGGCAACUCAUUGGACACACCUGUAUUUAUCCUGCUCAAGUAGGAAUUUAGCCUGCUGCAGUAGCCAGGGCGAAGUUGGGUUACGGUGGGAGCCGACCGAGACAGACGAAGCUCUGUCGCAUCCAGGCCAGAUGGUUGUGUUCCCAAAACUCGGCUUACACUGACACCCGACCUGUGAAUGUCGUUUAUGGCCUGUCGGUAUGCUUCCG